AUGGCCGAAGUACUCGGAACCACAAGUGCCGUAGUCGCCUUGGUAGCAACAGCUUUGCAGGGAAUCACAGGAGCGAGGGAGAAGAUUGCCAGCAUCGAACGAGCCCCAGAGAUGAUCGCUCAUAUCAAACAGGAGCUCCAAGAGAUCGAACGCCUAAUGGAGCGCCUCAAUAUCUCGUUACGGUUGAACAAAACCGAAGUGGUCUCCGUCGCCGAAAACACCAGCGUGCAGUCCGCCCUCAAGGCCUGCAGCGCUUCGUCUAUGGCCUUGGACAACGAGGUCAGCAAAAUUCUCAAACGAUCAAAAGACGGACGGGUUCACUGGGUAGACAGAACCAAGAUUGGACUGUUCGUCAAAGAUAAGCUCCAGGUCUUCGUGGACGAGCUCAGGAUUUGCAAACAGACUGUCAACUUGGCUUUGGCUGGCGCCAACUUUCUAGCAUCCAUCGAGCAGACCAAGCAGCUUCAGGCGAUUCUAAAGCGACUUGAGGCUAAUGACGGUGAUGUACACUCCGAAGCCAAGCUCCAGAAGUCGAAGGACUUGAUCAAGGGCUACGAGGAGCUUCAAGCGUCCCUGUUUGUCCAGGUCAACGAGAGACGAAGCAGGUUGGCAGUGGGCAAAGUCAAGGUCUUGGAGUCACAGGCCGUUAUCGGUAUCCACGGCGCGGACGGAACCGACGGAGAGCUGGACGUCCAGCUUGGUAGUGUUGAGGGCCAAGGAUCCAAUAUGCUGGUGGGAUGCUCCAAGGGAAUCGACCUGAACGCCGCCUUUUUCAAGAAAGACAACUAG